AUGCGACCUUCUCUGUUUGGCUCAAGCGCUGCCAAGGAGAGAGCCCUUAAGGAAACCGGAACUCCUGCUGUGGUGAAGCCGAGCAGCUUCAACUGGAGCAGCGUUGCCUCGCAACACGUCUCGGAGACUUUGAUAGUCCCAUGGAACAAGCAUGCGAGACUUCCAAGAGUUCAGUAUGUCUUUGACAAGGAAUCGAACGAGGAGGCCCAAAGUAGAGAGUACAGACGCACCCAGGUCCGAAAUGUCUUCCAGCGGGACUGGCAAGCCUAUCGCAAGUUUGCAUGGAUGAAGGACGCAUUAAUGCCGAAGACGGGCUCCUACCGAGACCAGUUCUCAGGGUGGGCUGCGACGUUGGUUGAUUCACUGGACACGUUAUGGAUCAUGGGACUCAAGGCCGAGUUCGACGAGGCAGUUGCAGCUGUGGCUGGCAUUGAUUUCGGAAACUCAACAUCGACUACAGUCAACACGUUUGAGACUAAUAUCAGGUACCUGGGCGGCUUGCUCUCGGCGUAUGAUCUAAGCAAGCGACCUAUCCUCUUGGCGAAGGCCAUUGAGCUAGGCGACCUCCUCCAUCUGGCAUUCAAUACCGAAAAUGGCAUGCCAGUUGACUUCAUCGACUUUCAAAGGGCCAAGACCGGAGAGAAAUUGUUGGUGGAACCAACCGUGGUGUCGGCAUCUCCAGGAACUUUGUCUUUGGAGAUGACUCGACUUUCUCAAAUCACGGGCAACCCGAAGUACUACACCGCAGUGUCCGGCGUCAUGAGCCUAUUCUAUCGCAAUCAGAAUCGCACAAACAUCCCUGGACUUUGGCCUACGUACGUCUCUAUGAGCCGCAAAGACGUGACGACUGGUAGCCAGUUCACUCUUGCCGGGUCUGCUGACUCUCUUUACGAGUACCUUCCUAAGAUGCAUGGCCUAUUGCAGGGAGCAGAGCCCAUGUAUGAUACUAUGUCAAGGGGAUUUCUAGACGCAGCCAACGAGCACAUGCUCUUCCGGCCAAUGCUCCCCGGCGAGGACGAUAUUCUUAUUUCCGGAAAUGCCAACGCCAAUGAUGAUGGCAAAACUUCCUUAGACCCGGAGAGUGAGCAUCUCGCUUGUUACCUUGGCGGUGCCUAUGCACUGGGUGGGAAAAUACUACAGCGUCCUGACGACAUCGAAACUGGGGCGAAGUUGACCAAAGGCUGCAUGUAUGCAUACAAAUCCAUGGCUUCAGGAGUUGGGCCAGAGCGGUGGAACAUGGUGGCGUGCGAGUCUCGCACCAACUGCAAAUGGAACGAGGAGACUUGGGUAAAAGAGAGACAGAAGAGGCCAGAGUGGAAGGAACACCUGCCCCGAGGGUUUACCACUGUUAAGGACCCACGGUAUAUCCUCCGACCGGAGGCUAUCGAAAGCGUAUUCAUUCUGUACCGUAUUACUGGACGUCGGCAAUAUCAGGAUGCGGCAUGGGACAUGUUCCAGGCGGUCCGCAACGCGACUCACACGCAAUACGCUAGCGGUUCCGUCCCUGACGUUACAAUUCCCAUUGAUACAUCGAAGAACGAGGACUACAUGGAGAGCUUCUGGCUUGCUGAGACCUUGAAAUACUUCUACCUCGCUUUCUCGCCGCCAGAUCUCAUUAGUCUUGACGAUUACGUCCUGAAUACCGAGGCCCAUCCGUUCCUGAUACCAAGAUGA